AUGAUGGUCAAUAAAACCUUAGAAAAAAGAGCCAAAACAAUGAUUGAAGAAGUCAAAAAGAAACAAAACAAAGAGAAUGAGAAAAAAUUAGCAAAAGAAGAAAUGAAAAAAACUGAAAAAAAGCAAAUUGAGAUAAAAGUUAACAAAAUUGAAGAAGUCAAGGUAAUUCAAAAUUACGAUAAUUUAAGAAAUAAUUCAGAAGCAACAGAAGAUCAAGAAUUAUAUUUUCCAGAUCCUAUUUUGCACUUGUCUAAGCUUCUGCAUAUUAACACUUCCCGGCAAUGCUUAGUUUGAGCCCAUUCUGAUUCUUUCGCAAGUUACCCGCCUUAUUUAAAAGAAAAUACUUCAAAAAUUCUUUUAUUUACAUCAGGCUGUGUUAUUGUCGCUUUAAAUCCUUCAAACUCAAACCAAUUUUUUUUCUUUGGUCACACAAACACAGCUGAAUUGUUAGUGCUUUCUGAAGACCAAAAGCUCCUUGUAUCAACCCAGAAUGAACCUUGCACAAUUUUCAUAUGGUCUUUAAGAACCAGAAAACCGCCCAAAAAAAUAGAAGUCAAGAGAAUGACUCGAAUAAAAAGCUUGAUUUUUAAUCCUACAGGACAGAAACUGUUAUUAUCAGGAUUAGAUGAUCUUAACCGUGACGUCUUAUUGUUCUAUGACAUUUCUUCAAUUAGCAAGUCCAAAGAAGCUGCAAUAAUUGGACAGCAAUUAAGCGAUUUUCCUAUAAAUGCAGCUAUUUUUUAUCCUAAAGAUGACAAUAGGGUUAUUAGUUGUGGUAAAGGAAAUAUCAGGUUUUGAAGAAUCAAAAAUGGUUGCAUGCCAGGAACAACUGUAUCAAUUGGUCCACACUCAAAAGAAGAAUGAAUGGCUUUAGAAUGUGUGCAAACAGGAAGUUUUCAUAAAUUAAUUGUUGGAGGAUCAUCUGGGGUUCUUAUACAAAUAAGUUUAAUUGCGAAAGAGCUUGAAGCUUCAUAUAAUUUGCAUCAGGGAGCAAUUUAUUGCAUUAAAACCAAAGGAGACAUCAUAAUUACUUCAAGCGCUGACAAAACUCUAAAGGUUUGGCCUAAAUCUUUUACUGAAUCUUAUUUAGAAGUUCAACAUAACUCUCCGGUAUUAUCUUUAGAUGUGCUAGGAACUCAGGUCGCUUGUGCAACAGAAAACCGGACCUUAGGAACGCUUAAUUUAGAUACAAAUGACUAUAAAACAUUAUUCAGAAGCCACUUAAACUCGAUUUUAUCUAUUUCAAUCCAUCCUUCAAAACUACAAGUUUCUACUAUUUCAGACGACAGAACCAUUAAAAUCUGAAAUCCGCUAUCAACUGAGCUCCUUUAUGAGUUUAGUUCUCCCUUAGAUGAUCCGCUUUGCUCUGCUUUUAGUCCAUCAAUUAAUAUUUUAGCUUGUGGAUUUUCUUCAGGAGCAGUAAGGAUAUUUGAUCUGGAUAACUCCAAGGUAAAAGAUGAGCAUCAUCAGCAUAACGGUGGGGUUGAAACCUGCAUUUUUAGUAAAGAUGGAUUUUGGUUGAUUUCUUUAGGAGGAGAUGGAUCCACUAGUAUAUAUGACGGAAAUAGAGAGUUCCAACCUGUCAAAGAUAUUGCAAAUGAUUACCCAGGGGCUAUCACAGGAAUUUUUAGCGGUGAUUCUCGCUUUUUUGCAAUUGUGGGGUGCUAUGGAAGCUCAAUUUGCAUUUGGGAUACUAAAACUUUGACACAGAGGUUCAAAAUAAAUUUGCUUACAUCUAUUAAUCAGCUAGAAUUUUCAGAAGAUUGUCGCCAUCUCGUAGCUUUAACACAUACAGAGACAGAUAAGCUCCUAUAUUACGUUGUUUCUGAAGAAAAAGUUUCUCUUGAAAAAGAAAUUUCAGUCCCUCUCGGAAUAAAAAAAUUCAAAAUAUCCAGAAAUAACAGAUAUAUUGCAUCCUUAGGCCACGAUAAAAUAAUCAGAAUAUGAGAUUUCUUUUUAGAAAAAUCCCCACAAGCAUUUUUAGGCCAUACUGAUGAAAUUACUGAAGUGUUCUGGGGCCAAAACUGCGAUCAUUUAUUAUCAUUUUCAGCUAAAGAUGGGAUUUUUAUAUGAGAAUUCUUAGGCAGUAAAUCGGUGUUUUCCCCACCAGCUGUGGAACAGAAUGAGUAUAUAGAAGAAGUGGAGCCGAUUUUAGAAAUAAAUGAAGAAGUUGAAGAAAAAAUAAUGAAUUUAGAAAAAGAAACAGAAGAGUACCUUAAACAAGUAGAAUUAGUGCAAACUCAAAGCCAGCCUUAUAAAAAACCAUCAUUAGAGUAUAUAUUUGGGUACACUCCUCAUAGGUUUAAUCUUCAUUGGGCGCCAGAAAAAGGAUGGUUUUUAUACAGCCACUGCUCAAAUAUCAUUAAAAUGCUUCUUCAUGGAAGCAAAAAGCAAAAAUUGCUUCAUGAGCAUAUAAAUGAUGUUGAAGUGAUUGCUGUGAGUCCGAAUUAUCAGUUUAUUGCUUCAGCUGAAAGUAGCUUAAAUAUAGAAGGCUCAGCUAGGAUUUUAAUUUGGGACUCAGAUGAAGGAGAAAUAGUUAGCUCACUUGAGUAUCAUGACCGGUCUAUAAAAUGUUUGGCUUUUUCUCCAUGCAAUAACUAUUUAAUUUCAAUAGGAAAUAUUGAUGAAUGCUUAAUUGCGGUAUGAGAUAUAAAAUCAGGAAAAAUACUUGCUACUUCUAUAUUAGAAAAUUAUGCGAAUCAGAUUAUUUGGGUCCCACAGCUCUCAACAUUAGAGUUCGUGACACUAUCGAGCCAUGAUAUGAUAUUUUGGAGACUAAAUCAAUAUAACCAGCUAGAAUUCCAGCAGGCUGAAGGAAUUGGAACUAAUGAAACUCUGACCUGUGUUGAAUUUUCUAAAUUUUUCGAAAAGAUCUCAUCCCAUCUUUUAUUUGUAGGAACUGAGUCAGGGAUGGUCUUAAUAUUCAAUGCACGAACUAAUACGCUGGCAUCAAGCAAGAGAAUAGUUGAUUUUAAGAUCACUUUUAUUUCUUCAAAAGAAGAUAGAGUUAUAGUUGGUGGUGAGCAUCCUGAAAUCUAUAGCUGAAAGUGGGCAGAUGGUAUGUUUUCUGGCCAACCGGAUAGAAUUUUGCUAGAAAGCUACCCAGAAUCUUUUGCUUUUGACACAUCUGGCAAUGAAGGCCUUGUGGGAACGUGUGAGGCUAAAUAAAGUGCACUGUAUUUUAAACUCCUCUCAAGCCCUAUAAAAAUGAUUUAAUUUUCAAAAAUGAUCUUUUGACAUGAAAAAGUGCAAACGUGUGUUUUUGAUUUUUCCAAACAAGAGGGUAAAGCAAGUUAAGGUGUUUAAAAAUCUAUAUCCUUUCAAGAAUAAGAAUUUAAGCAGAGAAAGCUCAAGAUGGGAUUGUAUAAUAAGCAUUACUUACAGUAUACUUACAAAUAGCACCCAAUAUUGUCUAAAUAAAUGUAAGGGGUAAAAAAAAGCAUAUUUGAAAAUUACAGCCAUUUUAUAGUUUUAGGAGGGGUUUAAAAAGUGCAGUGUACUUUAUUAAACUCACCCUGUGGGAACUCGCCAUUGCAAUAUUUGGUACAUUGAUUGAAACGAGCAUGCCACACUACGCAUCAUCAGUAGCCAUUCACAAGAAAUUACCUCAAUUGCUUGUCGAGGUUUUAUAGCUUCAGCAAGCAAAGACCAAACCAUUAGGAUUUGAAACGAAGAAACCUUUGAGCAAGACAUCCAAUUCCUAUCUGCAAGCUACUACUGUCUAUCAUUAGCUUUCCACCCAUCACUUCCUUAUCUAUGUGGAGGGUUUAAUGAUGGUAGUAUCAGGAUUUUCGAUAUAUCUUCAACUAAAUGUAUAGGAACUACAAAAGCUUGUCUUGGACUGAUAACCUCACUGGUGUUUAGUAAGGAUGGCGACAAUAUUCUUGUCGGAACAGAAGCAGGAAUGAUCACUGCUGUGUUUAUAGAAAGAUGGAACCCAUUAAACAUAAGACUGAUUGACUUCGGCAAGGCAGGAGGCCGAAUUAUUAAUAUUGAUAUAAAAGAGAGAUCUUUAUUAGCCUCAACAGUUGAAGGAAAAGUUAGUGUCUGGGAAAAGAAAUUCACAGCUCAAAGCCUGCUUGAUAAAAAAUUAUUUGAAAGUGAACAAAGCGAAUUUAAUUUAAUUGACAUAUAUAAUGUUCUAGAGCCGAAUGAGAAAUCGAAAAAUUACUACCCGCAGCCUGAAUCUUUGGAAUGUAAAGCAAGAUUUGACUUGCUAAAUGAUAAAAUUUUGCUAAUUACUGUGAGGGGGUUGCAGUAUUUGCUUUUUAGAAAUUAUGCUACACAUCAAAUAGUUAGGAGAGUGAACUUGUCAGGAUUCCCACUGACUUUGGCUGUAAAUGGAACGAAAAUUGCAAUCGGGCUGUGUGAUAAGAGGAUAAUUGUGUAUGAAGAUGGAAAAAUACAAGAGUAUAAAGGAAUUUCAGAUUCUGUUGGCGCUUUGGUGUUUACAGCAAAAUCUUUGGUUAGCUGUUCAGGAACAGAACUUAGCUUAUGGUCUGUUUAA